AUCACCGCUCCUUACAGCUGAAACACUAACGACUUCGUACAGGCUCGGCCCAUUUAUUACGAAGCGGCAAAAAACAGCAACGUUCUAUAAUGCGCAGGCGGAAAUGAGGCAGUGUAGCCGUGGGAGUCGUAUUUGCUUGACGUUCCAUUUAUGUGUAAUAUGUGUGCCCGUAUCUUCGCUCCGGGUGGGAACACAGCUCUACGUUUUCUGCAGUCCUUGGGUUUUCGGCGUAUGAGCAUGACUGUAUACGUGUGUUUUUAAGAGCGAGCUGUCAGUGAAGCCUUGCUGUGCAGAUCGCCGGGUUAACGCUUGUGUUAACACCGUUCCUGGAGUUCUUUAAAAGAAAAGAAGAAGCUCUGCCCGCCACAAGUCAGGUGAGAGGCAGAUUACAAGACCAUCCUAAUGGACCUGCUACAGCUUUGCACCGUCCUGACCAGCUUAGCUUUGGCAGCUGCCUCCUCCUCUUUCACAAAUUCCCGUAGAGAGCAGCGAGAUAGCAGCUUGGAAAUCUAUAAGAGGUUGCUUGAAACAAAGCGAAAAGACCAGCUAACUGCACUCAAGAACUUGGUGGAGCUGAAUGACGUUAACCAGCAAUACAAAAUUAUCGACAUCAUGCUCAAGGGGCUCUUUAAGGUCCUAGAAGACUCCCGAGCCGUUCUCAUUGCAGCGAACGUGCAUGCUGAUGAUCCCUUUCCACAGGAUGAAAAGCUUAAAGAAGCAUAUUCACACAUUGUUGAGAACACAGCAUUUUUUGGAGAUGUUGCCCUCCGUUUCCCCAAAAUCGUCCAUCAUUACUUUGACCGAAACUCCAACUGGAACCUCCUGAUACGAUGGGGACUUGGAUUUUGCAAUCAGACUGGAGUCUUCGAUGGAGGGCCUCAUGGGCAAGUCCUGUCACUGAUGGCUCAGGAGCUUGGUAUCAUUGAGAAGUCACCAGAUUUUACAAAUCCAUACCGAACAGAACGAGAUGAUGUCCUGCACACAGCUGAUGCCUUCCGGAAAGUUCUCAGGGAAGAGGAAAAGCGUAGACGGAAAGAAGAGAAAAGGAAAGAAAUUCGGAAAGGCCCGAGAAUCUCCCGUUCUCGUUCUGAGCUCUAGGGCUAUACAGGUGGACUGCUAGAUGAUGGGAAAGGGAAGGGAAGGGAAGGGGCAAGAUCUUAGUUACCAAGCAGGCAGAUUGUCUGCUCCCACUCUGGAGAAUUUUUGCUUAACUCAGGUGAGUGGAAAUAAAUGGGGUGUGUUUUGUUGUUUUGUUUUAUCUUCAGUUGAAAACGUCUUGAGUACUUGAAUGGGCCUUGCAUUCUCUUUAGCAGAUUUAAGGCCUGAAACAUUGAAUUGGACAUUUUUUAUUUAUGUUUAAGCAAAGAGUGGAAGUGAUUGGUAAGGAAAAUAAAUGCAGUACACGUGAUGACAUUUGCUGCUACUUCGGAUCUAAUUAUUUUUGAGUGCUGACCUCUAGAUGAACGUCUUGUGUGUAAUAUUCUCAGCUGUUGAUGGGGGGGCCCUGGAGCAGACAUAGUCAUGGACUCAGUUAAUGUCUAGGUGCAAUCCUCCAAGAUCUGAAUAUCACACAGAGUGACAACAAUUUUGACAAAUGCUUCAUUUAUUGAGUUGGUAGGAAAUUAAUUUUCACUUACAGUGUUGCUUUUUACAUCACAGAAACUUCACAGCCUCCCUGUGUAAAUCAGUUAAGUACAGUAUAUGAAAAAAGGGAAAGACAGAAGGUUCUGUGAGGAUCAAACAACACCACUGGCCUCAAAGCCUGCAGCACCCCUGCUUUAAAAAGGAGGAUCUGUCUGAAAUACCUCAUCACAGAACAAUAUGUUCACGACUUCUACAUGCCUGGUGUAAAGCUGUGUGAGUGAGAGCUGGCUGUGUCUUCAGAACUCGCUGUGCUCGCAUUUGAGCAUUUGUAGGUGCUAAAUUAUUUUAUCUUAAUAGUGCAUUUUAAAGCAGUACCUGUGGAAAGAAGAGUUUAAAAUAUCUGUCGAUAAAAUCAUAACAAGACAGACUGUGAACGCUGUGUCACUUGCUGAAUGCCCUUGUUGCUGUGUAGUCUUUGAGCACCGUAGAGAAUUAUCAACUUUUUUCUUUUCUUUUUUUUUUUUUUUUUUGCAGUGUCUUGUGCGUGAACAGCAGCAUAUUUUUACAUUUUUUAAGUGCUUGUGCAGUAUAUGCUUGUCUAUUAUAGUAAAACAAAACUAACAUGAACAGAAGGGAAGAAUAAUAUUCACCCUGCCAAAGUAUGGAAUACCAUUUGUGCCAAAAUGAAAGAAAUAAAAUAGCAAUUAUGAAAAAAAAACUCACAUGAAAAUGUACAGCAAUAUAUUAAUAAUACAUUUUUUUAUAUAGC